AUGUUAAAAUUUUGUUAUUAUUCUCAAGAGGUUUACAAUUUUUAAAAUGAGGAUAACUUGAUAAAAUCGUUUAGCUUAGAUUAUUUUCAAUCAGGAAAAUUAGAUGAACUUAAUAAAAUAAUAACUUACAACAUAAAUCACAGUAGAUGUAUAAGAUUAAGUGAUCUAAUAUUUUACAUUGUAAUUAUUUUUAUUUAUAUAUUUAUAGGAUAUAGACUUUGUUAGAAUUCAAUUUGGUUCAUUCCUUAAUUUAAUUCUAUCUUUAUUAUAAAAAGUAGAAUAUAUUGAAAGUGAAGGACUUUAACAUGAAUAUCUGGAUAUGAAUAGAAUUUGGCUCUAUUUUUAAGAAGAUGGUUAAUAUCCAGGUCUAAUUUAUUAAUUGUUAGAUUAUUCUAUUCAUUUUACAGGAUAUUCUUGUCCAUUAGACAAAGGGAAUAGAGUUAAAUAAAAAGCAUCUAUUGAAAUUAAAUAAAUUAUAAGUGAAAUCAUUGAUAAAUGUUAUAAUAGAAUUAGAAUAAAUCAGAAAAAAAAUAAAGAUAAGAAUACUUCAUUAUACAAAUAGGUAAUAUAACAAAUUUAAUCUUUAUGUAAAUCAAAUUCAAGUAAUGAAGCAAUCAUCUUUUAUAUAUAAGAAAUAAUAGAUUAAUAAAAAAUAGAUUAAUAAAAAAAGAGUAAACAUUUUAAAUUAUUGGAUAUUGAUGAUACAGAUAUUGAACCAAUAAGAUAAAAAGCAGUUGACAAAGUUAAUAAUGUGAUUAAAUAAAUUAUUGAAAUUGGAAAUAAAUAUGGAUAAGUUUGUAUUGAAUUAUUAUUGUAAGAUAUAAUCCAAUCAAUGACUUAAAACUUGAAAACUUUCAAAUUUGAUCCAUAUCAAUGUGAAAAUGAUGCUUAAACUAAAUUCGAAUGUUUAAAAAAUAAGGAAUUAGAACUAAAAUAAUUUGUUGAAAAAUAAAUUAAAAACUAGAUACUAUUUUCUCUUCAAAAGUACGAAAAAGAUUAUAAAUUUAACAUAGAUGAAGAAGAAAUCAAUUAACUUCAAUGUUAAAUCGUAGAUUCUAUACUUUAAUCUCCAGAAGUUAAGCAUUUUUAUAAUACUUAUUGGUUCCAAAAGGUUGACCAAAUCAAUAAUUAUAUUUAUGCAGCAAUAACAAAAAUUUAAUAAUCAAUUGUACAAGAUGGAUUAGAAUCACUAGUCAUGCUCAAAAUAUUAUAAUUGAUUAAUGAUUUGAUAUGAAUUUUAUGAUUAGCA